AUGGCCGGGUACCGCCGCGCCAUCUCGUUCCCGGCCCCGAAGCCCGCGGCCGACGGCGCCUUCGCGCUGGCGACCGCGAGCGACAAGCUGGCCGCGUACCGCAUCCGGUCGUCCAGCCUCCCCUGCCGCUUCCACCCGCUGCUGCUGCAGCUGGACGACGACGUGGCCGCGCUGCGCCUCGUGAUCGGCCAGUCGUCAUCCCCCCCGCCCUGCGGCACGCCCACGGCGUCGUCCGUGUCCGCGGCGGCGUCGCAGGUGUGCCGUGUCCUCGUCUCGCUCUCGGACCUGCUGCACCACCCGCAGGCGCAGGAGCCGCUGCGCCGCCUGGGCCGCUCGUCGCGCCUCGCGGAGCGCCUCCUCGACGACUUCCUCCGCCUCGCCGACGCGCACGGCAGCUUCCGCCAGGCGCUCGUCGCGCUCGCCGCGCUCCAGGCCGAGACGCGCGCCGCGCUGCGCCGCGGCGGCGGCGGCGGCGGCGACCGGCCAAGGCUGGCGUCCGCGUGUCGCGCGCAGCGGCGCGCGGCGCGCGACCUCCCGCGCCUCGCGGCCGCCGUGCGCGCCGUGGCCGCCAAGCCUCCCGCGCCGCUCCCCGAGGGCCUCCCCGCGGACACUGCGGCGCUCGCGGCCGCGCUCGCCGACGCCACCGUCGCCGUGGCGUCCGGCUCCGCGGCCGUCUUCUCCGGCCUCUCCUCGCUCUCCAACGCCGCCGCUUCCGCCCGCAUCGUCGAGGUCGCCUCCACUCCUUGCUGGGUCACCGCCGCCCCCGCGAGACUCACCGGCUCGUCGGACGCGCCGAGGACCAGCAGCCGCCACCGUAUAUGGUAG